GGCGCGUGUGUUGUCAUGUGACGUCAUCCUGCCAAAGGACAGGCGUUGCUCUCCGCACAAGACAAGAGGGCUGAACCGGGUCCGGCCCUGCUGGCCCAUUUCAGGAAGACUCCAAUACAGGCCGAUAUGAGACAGUGAGAGCGCAACAGAACCAGAAUCAUCUGCGAUCACCAUGACGACGCAGCCUUAGUGCUCAGCAUCAGCAUCAUCCGCAUCAUCCGCGGCUCAGGUGCGCCGUCCAUCCUUCAGGCAGGCAGGCAGGCAGGAUGGAGUUCAAAGAGCUGGUGGACACCGCCGAGAAAUGGUGCUCCGGGAACCCGUUCGACCUGAUCUUCGCCGAGGAUGUGGACGAGAGGCGACUGGACUUCUACGCCGAGCCCGGGAUCUCGUUCUACGUGCUCUGCCCGGACAAUCUCACCGGAGGAACCGACAAUUUUCAUGUGUGGAGUGAGAGCGAGGACUGUCUACCGUUCCUGCAGCUCGCGCAGGACUACAUCUCCUCCUGCGGGAAGAAAACACUGCUGGAGGUACUGGACAAAGUCUUCAGAUCCUUCAGGCCUCUCCUGGGUCUUCCAGACAUUGACGAUGAAACAUUCGAUCAAUAUCACGCAGACGUGGAGGAGGAACCAGAGCCAGACCACCAGCAGAUGGGUGUGAGCCAGCAAUAAUGCCCAGCAGAGAGGCUCCGCGCUGGGCCACAGUCUCUACAUCGAGCCCUGCUCUCCUAACCUAACUCACCUGGCUCUUCUUCUUACAUACACAAACACACACCGCACCAUUACAUCAUUUAAAAUCUGGACAGCUUUUCCUGCACCCUGAUUUUAACUCAAAUGAUCAUUAUUUUGGUUUAUAUGAUUUCUCAUUAACUUCUCAUCACAUUCAAGCAGAGACAAAACAAAUAUCUCAUUAUAAUUGUUUUUUUAUAUAGCCUGUCAUGUGACUGGAGGUAGUAAAUAAGAAACUUAUGUUCAGAAUGGUAUACUAGUGUACUGUACAUUGCUGCACUGUCGUCACAUGAGCUCAUUACUUUGCAUGUUUAAUUCAGUGUCAUGCAGUUGUCGAAAAUUAGGAUGUUUUGCAUUUCGCAUCC